ACUACGGGCUGUGACAACAUACUAGGUUUAUGUGGGCUGGUAACUCCACACAUAUAAAUAUGAACGUUUUUCACUCUUGUGUGAUUCUAGCACUCCUUGCACUGUGUGCUUCGGCGCCUUAUAAAUCGAAUCAACAGGAUUGUCUGUUUGGGGAUAUUUUGGUAAAAGAUGGGUCGUUGACCUUUGACGAGUGCGACAGGUGUCGCUGUAUGGCCGGGAAAGAUGUCUGCGAAGAUAGACCUUGCAACAAAGAAUCAGCAAACUGCAUUAAGGAUGGCAAGAGGUACGUUAGUGGGCAGCCUAUCCCAAGUAUCUGUAACAACUGUGAGUGUAAGGACGGUGUGGAGGUCUGUAGUGAUAUCUGCCAAAACAAACCGGACACUGAUUUUAAAGGUAGAGCAAGUUGUCUGAUCAACGGCACUCUCUACAAGAACCGUCAAAAAACUCCUGACGACUGUGGUAGAUGCCGUUGUUUGAACGGGAGAGUCGCAUGCGCCUAUAUGAUAUGUCCAUCUAUCUUAGAUCCAUCGCCAGAAGAAACAAGUUGUCUUGUUAAUGGCACUCGCUACGCUCAUGGGGACCUAACGCCUGAUGCGUGUGGUAGAUGCAUCUGUGAAGGUGGGCUAGUAGUGUGCAACAGGAUGGGCUGUUUUGUUAUGGAACAGACAGCGGAUACCAGUUGCCUUAUCAACGGCAUCCGCUACGCCAACGGAGAAAAAACGCCUGAUGCCUGUGACAGGUGUACGUGCGUUGAUGGGUUCAACAGAUGCAAACAGAAGAUUUGUCUCAAGGGGGUUUAUUAGGCUAAUUAAGCCUUCAUUGGCAUAACCCUAACCCUUAGGCUAAUUACGCCUCAAUUAUAUUCUCGGAAUAACUAUUACAUACAAGGCUAAAAUAUAUAUAAAAAAGAAUGUUUUGUAUUGCUAUUAAAAUUGCCUUUUUAAGAAAAAAAAAAGAAUAAUAAAGCAGAACU